GAAAGGGUUAAAGCCAAUGCAGCCCUACAGAGCACCAGCUGUCCUUAUGGACAUUGCUGCCUUUAAAUAAGGCAUAUCUCAUGCUUAAAGAUGACUUUUGUUUUUCUGAUGAUUAUGCUAAGCACACGUGGAUUCGGAAGGUUGGACCUUAUCUGGGCAGAAGAGCUUGCACUCUAAUGGUACUGAUUUCAGAGGCUAUGUUAGCAAAUGCUGCUUUACCCUCCCCCUUCCUUCUCAGGACGAAUCCCACUCCUAUCAUGAAUAUCCCAAAAUAGCAGCCAUGUGAGGUCUGCUCCUUGUGUCAGUGACAGAAUGCUACGACAGAAAAGGGGAUUUACUCAGCUGGCUGAAUGACUGAGAAGGAGGGAGGGGAGGCAGACACAGAGGCAAAAGAGGCGUGGAACAGAAACAGAGAAGGAGGCAUUUACGCUCACUGAUACACAUUUGACUUUAAGGUGCAGAACUCAGGAGAGGGCAAAUGCCAGGAGAGGGAGAGAUAGGUGCAAGAGGCAGUUAGGGGGGGGGGAGAAAGCAUUGAAGGAGGGGAGAGAAGAGGGUGGAAAGCUUUGUGACUUCAUCCUGGUCCUUGAUUUAAAGCUUGUGGAGCUAGUGCAGGACCCACAGACCUAGGACACAGCACACUUGGUGCUCCUAACCACUCCUUGGGGGGCAUUGGCACUACCGUGCUCCCCUAUCAUUCCUUCAACCUCCUCCAUCAUCAGCAGUAACCCAUGAGAUUCUUCCGGCUCACCUUUAAGUGCUUUGUGGACGGUUUCUGAAUUUUUUUUUUUUUUUGCUUUUUUCCCUUUCUUUCCUUUUGUGUGGAGUUCGCCAAACUGAAUUUAGUCUCCUUUUUAUCCAUAGUAUUAUUAUUUAUUCAUUGAGGGUUACUGGGGACUGAGGGUUUAAAGGAAACAGGAGAUAUUUUUGUAAAUAGAGCAGAAGUUUUUUUUAUUUUUUUAAAAAGAGAGAGGGGAAAGAGGGGGUAGUUUUGAUUUUAUUUGAACAAUUAGAAGAGAUUUUAAAGACCAUGGAGAAGAGGCGUUUGUCUUUGGAGAACGGUAGCUAUAAAGUGUCCAUAGAUGAGAAGAAGGACCAACUCAUACCAAAUGGUACUGCACAGGAGACAGAUUUGUGCCAGAAUGGAUCAACCAAAGGAGAGAUGGUCUUCCCUCCCAAGGAAGGCAUCCCAGAACGUGAUACAUGGACCAGCCAGAUGGAUUUUAUGAUGUCCUGUGUGGGCUUCGCUGUGGGUCUCGGCAACGUGUGGAGGUUCCCAUACCUGUGCUACAAGAAUGGAGGAGGAGUCUUCCUCAUUCCCUACCUUGUGAUCGCUAUCCUGGGAGGUAUCCCCAUUUUCUUCCUGGAGAUCGCUCUGGGACAGUUCAUGAAAGCAGGGAGCAUUGCUGUGUGGAACAUAGCCCCGCUCUUCCAAGGUAUUGGCUUUGCCUCGGUGGUGAUCGUGUUCUUCUGUAACACCUAUUACAUUCUGAUUCUGACAUGGGGCGUCUAUUACCUUGUGAAGUCCUUCUCCGCCGUCCUGCCCUGGUCGCACUGCAACAACACCUGGAAUUCACCAGAUUGUGUGGAAAUCUUCAGGCAAGAAGACUGCACCAACGGCACCACCAAUUCCACCUUUGGCAACUUGACCUGCAACGAACUGUCCGACAAGGUCUCGCCCAUUACUGAAUUCUGGGAGAACAAAGUGCUACGUUUGUCCAGUGGACUGGAUGACGUGGGUUCUAUCAACUGGGAGCUGCUCUUGUGUCUGAUUGGCUGCUGGCUGCUGGUCUACUUCUGCGUCUGGAAAGGAGUCAAGUCCACAGGAAAGAUUGUCUAUUUCACAGCCACUUUCCCGUAUGUGGUUCUGUUUAUUCUGCUGGUCCGAGGUGCCAUGUUACCUGGCGCUACCGAAGGCAUCAUUUAUUAUCUGAAACCUGACUGGUCAAAGCUAGGGAGCGCUCAGGUGUGGAUCGAUGCCGGCACUCAGAUUUUCUUUUCCUACGCCAUUGGACUUGGUGCACUGACCGCUCUGGGCAGCUACAAUCGCUUCAACAAUGAUUGCUACAAGGAUGCCUUUAUACUCGCAAUUAUUAACAGUGGGACCAGCUUCUUUGCAGGAUUUGUGGUGUUUUCCAUCCUUGGCUUCAUGGCAAAUGAACAAGGGGUGGAUAUUUCAAAAGUGGCAGAGUCGGGGCCAGGCUUGGCUUUCAUUGCAUAUCCACGAGCUGUGAGUUUGAUGCCUGUGGCACCACUUUGGUCUGCUCUGUUCUUUUUCAUGCUGCUGCUUCUGGGUUUGGAUAGCCAGUUUGUUGGUGUGGAAGGCCUUAUCACCGCCAUCUUGGAUCUGCUUCCAGCCCGCUAUUAUUUCCGUUUUCAGCGAGAGAUCGCCGUGGCCAUUUGCUGUGCUGUUAUGUUCCUCGUUGACCUGUCGAUGCUGACAGAGGGUGGAAUGUAUGUCUUCCAGCUCUUCGACUACUAUUCUGCUAGUGGGAUGACCCUCUUGUGGCAGACUUUCUGGCAGUGCGUGGUGGUUGCUUGGGUUUAUGGUGCUGACAGGUUUAUGGAUGACAUUGCACGCAUGAUUGGGUAUCGCCCAUUCCCUUGGAUGAAGUGGUGCUGGUCUUUCAUCACCCCAUUUGUCUGUAUGGCCAUCUUUCUGUUCAACCUCAUCAACUACAAGCCUCUAAUGUACAACAACAGCUACACAUACCCCUGGUGGGGAGAAGCCAUUGGCUGGGGCUUUGCCUUGUCUUCCAUGCUCUGCGUUCCUGUUACCUUCUUGUAUAAAUUCACACGUGCCAAGGGAUCAUUGAAAGAGCGUUGGCAGCAUCUGACGGAACCUGUAUGGGGAGCCCACCAUUUGGAGUAUAUGGCAACAGAUCCAGAUGUCAAGAGCUUGACCACAUUGACCCCCGUGUCGGAUAAUAGGGUCAUCAUCUUUGAGAGCGUCAUGUGAAGGUAGUCCCCCUGCAAACGCACAAGCCGCAACCACGAGAUAUUACUCUUAAAAAAGACAACUUUAAUCACCUUGAGCACUAGACUUGUGCUGCUGAAAUUCCAUCUCAUCUUCUGGCUCUGAUGAAGUCUUCUUGGCUGUUGUAGGAGGUGGGAACCACAGUCCCAACCCCCAAAAUGUGAAUUAUCAACCAAAAAACUGUGUGACUCUUAUCCUUAUUGAUGCAGUUCAGCAAAGAGACAACUAUUAUUCUGCAAGGUUUCAUGGUGUAAUCUACCAGGAGAGUGGCAUAUAAAUGAGGAGUUGUAAGCAAAAUCUGGCAUCACAACAUGGGGCAAUUUGUUGACAUUUUAACAGGGGAUUAUUGCGUUCAAACCAUCAGAGUAGAGGGAUUAAAUCCAUGAGGACAGUGCAAGUUGAAACAAGGAAGGGCAAAUCCUCAUUCUUUACUCUUAUUCAUUGAUUGUAGUUUUUGUUUUUUAAUUCCCAUGGAUAAAAAAAACUGCAGCAUUUUAUGCAUAUUCCGCUAUUCGCCCAGUGGGAUUACAGCCUUGAUUUAAUCAUGGAAACAGUGUCCCUAAUGUACUGAGCCAUUCUAACCUUACAGUUAAUAACCUGGAAUUCAAUAUGUACUUCUUCCAAUCAAUCAAUUAACCAACAUUGGCUUGGAAGGCAUUAAUACUCCUUAGGGAAGGACUGGAGUUGAACUGAAGCAGGUGAAGCAGAAGCAUAUGCGUGUUUUAUGUUUCUGGAAACAUACCAGGGUUCUGCAGGGGUUACCUCCUGUUCAGUGGGGUAACUAAAUAUUACUAGGCCCCACAGCAAAUUAUUUUUCAGGCCCCCAAAAUGUAUAAAGGUUGACCAAUAUUACCAAUAUAUUUUAAAAUUGUAUAUGAAUUAGGACCUCAUGGGGCCCUAUACCUCCUGGCCCCCCCUGCAGCUGCAGAGUCUGCUUCCUCUAUAUUUACAUCCCUGCUCCUGUUGCCGGCUAGCAACGUGGACAAAACCAUUCACAUCCAGUUGUAUUAUUGUAACUAAUAGAAAUGAGUGCCCUCCUGAGUAUGUUUGCAAUUUACAGUCAUUUUUAUAAUUGUAGAUUUCAUGAUAUUAUCAGUUUGGUAAUAUUAUGAAUUUGUGAACUAAGUGCCCCCUGCUGUUAGGCCGAGGAAGAAUGACCAUAUCUUAUUUUAGAGAUUUAGCAAGCAUCUCUGGACAUUUCCUUGCUCAAUUCUUUCUUUCAAACUGUGUUCUUUUUAAUUGAUAAAACUGGGAUAGAGAGGUGAAAUACCAUGAGGGAAUACCAACAAAAAAAGUCUCUGCGAUAGAGCACUAAUUGUUGCAAUAAUAGUGUAGUGCUUAUCUGGAAGAUUCCUAGUCAUUUUUGACCAGGUCUCAGAAUAUGCAAAGAAACGAGUAGCAGGAUAAAUUGACUAAAUUAUGCAUUAAUAAAUAAAUGCACUGCUGCACAGGCCAACGGCAACUGCAUCCAACGCAAAGCAAGUAGAUCCAAACAUCUUAACUCCAGCCUUCAGAUUACAGCUAACAGUCCGAGGAUUAGAGAUCAUGAUGCUAGGGAAAGAUAAAUCCACAGAAGAAGGGUUUGAGCACCAGUGCAGCACUAGCAAUGAAACCAUGUUGUGCCAGAUUUUACUUGCGGUUCCAUCUUGUUGCACCAUGUGGUGACUUGUCUUCUAACCAAGGCUGAAUUGCCUCAAACACCAGCCAUAAAACCUGAAUUUGCACUUUUAUUUGGAUACAGUAUGGUGUACAUGGUGAGUGUUCAGGUGCACAAGGUAAACAAGCAUGUACACCUAUUAACAACUGCUCUUGCUUGUAUGUGUCACUGCUGCUACAGGUGUUGCUGUGAAAAUGAGCCAUUUGCCUCAGGAGACAAUGAUCUAUAUCAGUAGAACAGUUAUCCUCGCCCGUGUUUAUUCAAUGUGACUACUGAGAAGUCAUUCAGGGUGUUCUGCGCAGCACGCUGGAUACAAGACCCUACUCUGCAAUAAUUUAGCAUCACACAACAGUCUUUAAACAAAAACUACCACCCUCACUUCUGGGCACGAAAACUCAACUAUCGUCGGACAUUGCUAGCUUGUCUAGUACAGGCCAGACUGGCCUUCCUCUCUCCCCCCCCCCCUAUAUUUUACUGAUUCUGCAUCUUUGUGGAUUUUUUUUGCAGUUCAAAACAAAUAGAAUUUUUUGCCAAAAUCCUAAUAUAAACCAGCAAUUCAAUGCAAUCACAGGGGUUGUACAUAUAGUUUUGCCUUCCACUUUUUCAAGGGAUUUGAGAAGGUCGAAGGCUUUUUUUUUUUAUUAUGCAAAUUUCUAAUAAUGUUUCUUGCCCCCCCCUCUCUCUCUCUCUCUAUAUAUAU